AUGUUACGGCCGAUUCUCGACAUCAGUCCUCUCAAUGUCGUGGCCUCUGUUGCCGUACCUGCCUUCGUUCUCGGUAUUCUUCUGGGACCGGUCGGUGCUGACAUCCUCGAUGUCUCUCAAUGGGGAGGUGACAAUGCAGGGCACGUCCAUGACAUUGCCUAUAUAUUGACGUAUGCAGGGUCUGUCCCGGCUAGUGAUUGGAAUCCAGCUCGUCAAAGCCGGGUACGAGCUCCCAAAGCAGUAUCAGAAACAACGAGGUGUCGAGAUGACGAUAUGUUUGCUACCGGUGAUGACUAUGAUGUGGCUCUCCACCACAGCUUGCAUCAAGCUGAUGGUUCCGAAAAUUUCUUUCGUACGCCAGCAAUGAGCUCGUUGGAAGCAGCAAUUUUAAACCCCUUUCUGACACAGAUCGUGCAGGUUGCCGCGUUGAUAAUUGGAUCUUGCGUCACUUGUACAGAUCCGGUUCUGUCUCAGGCCAUCGCGAAAGGACCAUUUGCGGACAAUUAUGUCCGUCGACCGCUGCGCGAAUUCAUUUCGUCCGAGGCAGGAGGGAACGACGGGUUUGGAUUUCCGUUCCUUCUGCUCGCGGUCUCGCUGCUUCGUUACGCAGAAGCCCCGGACAACGCCGUCUCCCUUGAUGAGUAUGACCAGGCCAAGGGAAUACCGGAUCAGCUGGGGAUGGAAGAAACAGGGCGGUUUGGAGGAGGUACGGAUACGGCAUUGAAGCACUGGGCGAUCGAAGGGGUGAUCUUUAUGGUUUUGCUGGGCUUCGCAUAUGGCGCUAUAGUCGGGACGACAAGCCGGGUGUCUCUGAAUUUUGCCUUGAAGAGAAAAUGGGUUGAUAACGAGAGUUACUUACUCUUUCCGCUGGCUCUCGGGCUUUUUAUCAUAGGAACAUGCGGUUGCUUUGGUUCGGACGAGACGCUGGCCUGCUUCGUGGCGGGUAACGCCUUGAACUGGGACGGGCGCUAUCUGGCUGAAACACAUGCGCGCCACGACAUGUUCAACGCCAUUAUCGAGCGACUCCUGAAUUUCGGCGCAUUCAUGUUCAUCGGCUUAAUCAUGCCGUGGGAUGAACUCGUCUCGCCCGAGAAGACUGGACUCACCAUUGGUCGGCUUCUUGGGUUAGGGUUUCUGGUGCUGGUGUUGCGUCGCAUUCCGGCGAUCAUGCUGUCGUACCGGUUCAUGUCGAACAUCUGUCGGGACUGGAAGGAGGCUUUAUUCUUGGGAUACUUUGGGCCUAUUGGCAUCGGAGCAAUAUCUUAUGUGGAAUAUGCGAGGCGCCUGUUCCCUGAUCCAGGGAAGAGCGAUAGAGAGAUCAAUAAUCUGACUGCAGUAAUGAUUCCAGGUAAUGGUCUACUGGCUUGUCUUUUCUCGAUCGUUGUCCAUGGGCUAUCUGUUCCGGUGUUAAAUGCCAUCUAUAAAUACUUCAAGGUCACGCCCGUCCACGACGACCCGGUUGAGGUCUUGCUCCUGUCGCAGAACGAGCCACUGCCGAACAACAGCACCGCAACGCCGCAACGACACUCGGUAAUCCUGAACAAUCGGUUCUCGCGGAGAGAUGAUGAGGAAGACAUAUCUCACCGGUCCACUGCAAGCGUAAUGGUCGAGCGUGCUCGACACUACCAGCAGCAGCACCAGCACUAUCAUCAUCAUCACCUGCACCACCGCCAAUCCUUGCAUGGAUCAGACGAGUUUGAGAUUUUGCAUCAUAGCGAGGAGGGCCGUGUUAGCACGGAAAGACUGACGAGCAGAGAAUCUUUCCCGAAGGAUAAUCAGGAUAAUCACAAUAGUCACAUCGAGAUGCGGAAUAUGAUAUAG